UUUAGAGAAGAAGAGUUGGGUUACAAGAGCAGAGUGAUAAACAGUAAAAUGAGUGUUGGUUAGUAGUGCAGCUCUGUUCUUCCAUUUGCCUGCCUACACUCAGUUCCUCAGGACUCCACUGAACUGGUAGGAAAAAUGCCGCAGGUGAAAGUCCCAGAAACUGAUGAUGCCAUGCGCUCAUUUGCUGAGAAAGUCUUUGCUUCAGAGGUGAAGGAUGAAGGCGGUCGACAUGAAAUCUCGCCCUUUGAUGUGGAAGAUGUCUGCCCCAUCUCUCACCAUGAGAUGCAGGAGCAUCUGAUCAUGCAGGAUACCACAAGUGACUCUGACAAACGGAAGAAGAGACUCUUGCGGCUGAAGACCAUUGCCUUGGUUCUUCCAAUUGCAGGAAAGUCUUCAACCAAACUGUCCACCAUUGAUGAAGUCAUCUCUACCUCAGCUCAGUAUCAAGCUGUGCCCAAAUUCCAGCGUGUGCAGAUCACAGGGGACUAUGCAGCAGGGGUGACAGUGGAGGACUUUGAGCUGGUUUGCAGAGGUUUGUAUCGUGCCCUGUGUAUCCGGGAGAAGUACAUGCAGAAAUCGUUCCAGCGUUUCCCCAGGACUCCCUCCCAGUUCAUGCGCAAUAUUGAGAAUGAAGUGUGGAAGCCCAAUGAUGAUCUAUGGCCAGUGUUUACUCCAACUGUGAAGGAUGGUGAGGAUCCUUUCCGGUCUGACAAUCUCCUUGAAAAUCUGGGCUACCAUGUGCAGAUGAAGGACGGUGUGGUGUGUGUCUAUGCUGACAAAGCAGCGGCUGCCCGGGGUGAGCCAAAGGACCUGCCAUACCCUAACCUGGAGGUCUUCAUUGAUGAUAUGAACUUUCUGCUGGCCCUGAUAGCUCAGGGGCCUGUUAAAACCUACACUCACCGUCGCCUCAAGUUCCUCUCCUCCAAAUUCAAAGUGCAUGAGAUGUUGAAUGAGAUGGAAGAGCUGAAGGAGCUGAAGAGUAAUCCUCAUCGGGACUUCUAUAACUGUCGUAAGGUGGACACACACAUCCAUGCUGCAGCUUGCAUGAACCAGAAGCACUUGCUACGAUUCAUUAAGAAGUCAUAUCGGAUUGAUUCUGAAAGGGUGGUGUACAAGUCCAAGGACAAGAUGCUAACACUCAAGCAGAUCUUUGAGCAGUUGAAUCUUCACCCGUAUGACCUGACUGUGGACUCGCUUGACGUACAUGCAGGUCGCCAGACUUUCCAACGUUUUGACAAGUUCAAUGCCAAGUAUAAUCCAGUGGGUGCAAGUGAGCUGCGUGAUCUCUACCUCAAAUCUGAAAACGCCAUCAAUGGUGAAUACUUUGCCACAAUCAUCAAGGAGGUUGGCUCUGACCUGGAGGAUGCCAAGUACCAAUAUGCAGAGCCACGACUCUCCAUCUAUGGGCGUUCACCAGAAGAGUGGCCCAAAUUAGCCAACUGGUUCAAUCAACACCGUGUCUAUUCUCCCAAUAUGAAAUGGAUGAUCCAGGUGCCCAGAAUCUAUGAUGUGUUCAGGUCUAAGAACUUCUUGCCACACUUUGGGAAGAUGUUGGAGAACAUCUUUGUGCCAGUGUUUGAGGCAACAAUUAACCCACAGAACAACAAGGAGCUGAAUGUGUUUCUGCGCCAUAUUACUGGCUUUGAUAGUGUGGAUGAUGAAUCCAAGCACAGUGGACACAUGUUCUCCACCAAGAGUCCCAAACCAGAGGAAUGGAACUAUGAGAAGAAUCCAUCCUACACAUAUUAUCUAUACUACAUGUAUGCCAACAUUCUGGUGCUCAAUCAUCUCCGACGGGAGCGUGGCAUGAACACCUUCCUCUUCCGUCCUCAUUGUGGAGAAGCUGGUGCUAUCACCCACCUGCUGGCUGCCUUCAUGACUGCAGAUAAUAUCUCCCAUGGCCUGAACUUGAAGAAGAGUCCUGUACUUCAAUAUCUCUACUUCCUAGCCCAGAUCCCCAUAGCCAUGUCUCCACUCAGCAACAACAGUCUCUUCCUAGAAUAUGCCAAGAACCCACUUCUUGAUUUCCACCAGAAAGGUCUGAUGGUAUCCUUGUCUACAGAUGACCCUAUGCAGUUCCACUACACCAAGGAGCCUCUUAUGGAAGAAUAUGCCAUUGCUGCCCAAGUCUUCAAGCUCAGCACAUGUGACAUGUGUGAGAUUGCACGCAAUAGUGUCCUGCAGUGUGGCCUGUCUCAUGAGGAAAAACUCCAUGUCCUGGGGAAGAAUUAUUUGGAAGAGGGGCCUCAAGGAAAUGACAUCCGCAAGACCAAUGUGGCUCAGAUCCGUAUGGCCUACCGCUAUGAGACGUGGUGCUAUGAGCUUGACCUUAUAGCUGAGGGGCUGAAAAUGGUGGAAUAGUUUCCUUUCAGUGCUAUGUCUGCUGUACUGCCUGAUCCUUGCCACACCACAGAGCAGACCUGAAGAAGAGAAGUCAGUGACUCCAUUAAACACCAGGCAGUUUAAGGGGUGGGGGCUUAACCUCAGGGCUGCUGCUUCAGAUUACACUGAUAAGGAAUCUAAACUGUGUGCUGUGUUUACUGGGCUCUCCUGUGCUUUUCUAUUGUGCCAACAGAAGUGUGUCCAACAUCCUGGGGAGGGGAGCAGUUCUCACUACACAUCUUGCUGCAAGUCUAACAGAUAAGUCCAUAUGUAAAACAGCCUGGGAGCUCUAUUCUUGUCUUCCCAGCCUUGCUGUGAAUGCGUGUUGUGGCUUUUAUAAAUUGGAGAAUAUAUUUGUCACAGUAAUUCACAUUGCCUCUUCAUAGCAACACAUUGUCCCAGUUGUUCCACAGAAGUCCCCAGAAGCACAUUAUCAAGACCAUCUUCAACGGGAAGAUCGAGUCUUGGAUCUACUAGACUCAAGGAUUUCCAAUACUAGAAGGGAGGGUGAUUUUCACUGCUUCUACUGCAGACCUCAGGCUCCACUGUCUUGCAGUUCCCGGGGGCUCCUACCUCCUCAGGUGCAGAAGCCAGGAGUCAUUUUGGGCUGCAGCAGGAGGGGGAGGGAAGGAAGUUGCCCUCCACUGUCAGAAAUCCCUUCAACUGGCAGAAGUCACUUGUUGAAUAAACCUUGCCCCAUCUCCUAAGUGCUGUUCUUACUACUGCAUUGUUCUGUUUCCAGUGUAAUGUAACAUGAUUUGACUAAGUGGAUGUCAAAAUGUGGGUCAUUUCAAUAGUGCAGAAGUUUAAAAAUGCCUCCAAAAUUUAAUAUUUGCCUCAAAGCCACAUCUUGGAUUCUAUGGCUAUAGUCAGUUUUGUAACAACACCCCAC